CUCACGGUGAACGUCUUGAAAGUCUUAUAUUGAAAGAAAUGCAACUCGCAUGUUAAUUGUUGUCAAAUAUUAAUUGAAUUAUUUAGUGUACACCUGUGAGUUAUUGUUUGUUAAACAAUUGUUUGAUUUCUGAACUAAAGUUUCUAUGUUUUUUAGAAGUUGUUUCUAAACUGAUAUUGUGUUGGCCAGUUGCAUCUUACUUGCAAAAAUUGGAUUGAAAUUGUAAUCCAGCUAAAAUUUAUUACAAACAAUUGUCUGGUGUGACUACUACAGACUUAUCAUUUUAGGAUUCCAUUAUAAUAUUCUAAUUGCCUUUCAUCAUGUUCUCAGGAGAGCCUUUAACUAGUUCUAUGACUAAGGCUGGUAAUGUGCGGUCAUUUUAUCUCAAGACAAAGCGUGGAGCUAUCGUAAAAAUUGUUCGAGAAUAUUAUUUGCGGAAUGAUAUUCCAUGUGGACUUGAAUGUUCAACAUGCCCGAUAACUGAUUGCUCAACUAAACUAAGUCGUAAAUCACGGGCUCAGAUCAAUAAAUUAAUUCCUAAAGCUCAUCUCAUAGUGCCUGAUGUUAAUGUUUUGAACAAUCAGCUAGACGUUAUUGAAAGCUCUACUUUCGGUGAUGAGCUUAUUCUUCUUAAAACGGACCUAAACGAAAUCCGAUCCACCAACUUAUCACUUUUUAAACGGCUCAUGGAUGUUAAAGGAAAGAAAAACAUCUUUUUGUUCGAGAACCAAUUCAAUGAGCACACUUAUGUCGAGCGAUUGCCAAAAGAGACUAGAGAGCAGUACAUUUUUCGACUCGCAAUCAGUGCUAUAAAAUGGUAUCAAAAUCAUAUUGGUAAGAAACUGCAAAUAGUUUUACUAGUUAAUGAUUCGUCUACUAAAGCUAAGGCUACUGCUGAGGGUCUCACCUGUUUCACUUUGGUAGAAUAUGUCGAAAAUCUACAUGAUAAUGUUGAAUUAUUGGAUAAAGUUGUUAGACCUCCAGAUGAAAAAAUGGAAGUUGAUCAAGCCAUUGAAAAAGCCGCAAAAUUCCUCUAUCCUGAACAUCUACCUCUUGCAAUUAUUCAAAAAGGAAUCAAAGAGGGAAAAUAUUAUCAAGCUAAGUUUGCUACCAAUAGAGAUAACUACUUGGAAGGUUCUGUGCAUAUAACAAUGAAUGGAGAAGCUGUUCGUGUUCUCAUCAGUGGACGUGAGAAUAUGAAUCGAGCAGUCAAUGACGACAUUGUAGCUAUUGAAAUAGCUCCAAAAGAAGAAUGGAAAAGUAAAUCUGACUUUGUUUUAACUGCAGAUUUAAUUACUGAAGAUAAGGAUGAAAAGGAAUUAGAAGAACCAAGUGAAUUGGAAAACAAAAAGGAUAAAAAAAGCGAAGAGGGUGUUAUCAAAAGGCCAACUGGUAAAGUUGUUGGAAUCAUAAAACGCAAUUGGAGACAAUACUGUGGUAUUAUACGUGAACGAGAUGCAUGUAUCAUGAAAAAUACAAUAAUAACUAGUCACUUUUUCGUACCAAUUGAUAAACGCAUUCCAAUGAUUAGAAUUGAAACCCGUCAAUAUGAUUCUUUGAAAAGUCAAAGAAUUCUUGUGGCUAUUGAUAAUUGGCCAAGAGAUUCUAAGUUUCCUCGUGGUCAUUAUGUUCGAGCUCUUGGUCCGAUUGGUGAUAAAGCAACAGAAAAUGAAAUUCUACUUUUGGAACAUGAUAUACCUCAUCUUCAAUUUACCAAAUCAGUUAUGAAUUGUUUACCUGAUCCCGAUAAAUGGUCUAUACCACCAGAAGAGUUGUCUAAGCGUCUUGACUUCAGAGAUAAACCUAUAUGCUCAGUGGAUCCUCCGGGUUGUACCGAUAUUGAUGAUGCCUUACAUUGUAUUGAUUUAGGAAAUGGUACUUACGAAGUUGGUGUUCAUAUAGCUGAUGUGUCUGCGUUUGUUAAGCCCAACACUCCAUUAGACCAAGAAGCUGCAAAUCGAAGCACAACUGUUUAUUUAGUUGAUAACAGAAUAGACAUGAUUCCAACAGUUCUCAGUUCUAACCUUUGUUCGUUGAUGGAAAAUCGUGAAAGACAAACAUUCAGUGUCAUUUGGAAAUUGAAUGCUAAAACAGCUGAAGUCAUUGACACAAGGUUUGCGAAAUCAGUGAUUAAAUCGCGAGCUGCCUUGACUUAUGCUGAAGCACAGCUUCGAAUUGAUUCUAAAGACAGUAAAGAUGACGUUACUCAAGGUCUGAGACGAUUAAAUGCGUUAGCUAAAAAAUUGAAGAAGAAACGAAUCGACAAAGGAGCUCUUGUUUUGGCCAGUUUAGGAGAGAUAAAAUUCAUCGAAGUUGAUUCGGAAACUGCCGAUAAUGUGACCAAAAUUGAAUCAAAACAGCUUCAAGAUACAAAUUCAAUGGUUGAAGAGUUCAUGUUGUUAGCUAACAUUUCAGUAGCUGAAAAAUUGUACCAAGAAGUUCCCCAAUUAGCCUUACUUCGUCACCAUCCCAAACCAAGUGCCGCUAAUUUUGACGAACUUGUUCAAGCAUGUAAAUCUCAUGGUUUUGAUAUAGAUGUGCAAGAUGGAAAAUCACUUGCAAAAUCUUUAGAUGGAGCCAAAGAUCCAAAAAAUUCCUAUUUAAAUCUGAUGAUUAGGAUGAUUACCACACGUUGUAUGACUCAAGCUCAAUACUUUUGUUCUGGUAAAAUGGCUGACCCGGAAAAUAAUUUCCUUCAUUUUGGUUUAGCCACACCAAUUUACACUCAUUUUACUUCACCAAUUCGACGAUAUGCUGAUUUAAUUGUUCACAGAUUAUUAAGCCAUGUUAUCGGAGAUACAAAUUUAGAUCCUGUUUUGACAAGCAGUGAAAAAAUUCAAACCCUAUGUGAAAAUAUUAACUAUCGUCAUCAUCAAGCACAACUGGCUAGUCGAGCCUCUAUAAAAUUACACACUUUGAUUUACAUCAAGAGUGUAAAGAAGCCUUUAACCGAAGAAGGUUACAUUCUUUUUGUGCGUAAAAAUGCCUUACAAAUUUUGGUUCCAAGAUUAGCCUUCGAAGCAACUUACUUCUUCGAGAGUUUAACUGAUUGGGAAUAUGAUGGAUUAACAUGUACCGUUAAAUAUCUUAAAAAAGACAUCACUUUGCGACAAUUUGAUCCCGUUAAGAUAAAACUGUCUCUCAUUGAUAAAAGUACUGAAUUCCGUAAAGGAGUUGAAGUAAUUGACGUUCAGUUGAUUAAACCACUCAUUGAAUCAAAUGUAAAGGCUAUAUCAACAUGAAUAAAUAUAUUUUUUCGUUAAU